AUGAUCCUGAACAGCUCUCGUCUUUUGAUUGCCCGUGUGGCUACCCGUCCUUCGUCGAUGGCUAUGGGUCGUCGUGCCUUUUCGGACUGUGAGCCUGUGGAACGGAUUCGUUGUGUAUUUGAAGAGUACCGAAGAGAACAUUUCUCUGACGAGACUCCCAGUCGCUUCAAGAAACAUGUGAUCAAGGCAGUCCAGGGUCCAGAGGGAGGAGAAGUCAAGAUUGAGAGCCUGAAUCAAAUGCUUGAGAACAUUGGACGAUCCGAUGCUUGCUUGUCCCAGGAAGACCAAAAAUUGGUUUUGAAAGAGGCUGGUGUCCCUGAUCGAUCCAUACCGGUUGCCACCAUGUUGCAAAUGUUCUAG